AUAGGAUUCUCUAUUCUCUCUCUCCAUACUUCUCUUCUUUCUCUCUCUCUCUCUCUUCCCUUGUCAUUCCUAAAAUCACAACCCCAUUUCUGCCAUUGAAAUGUCCUCAAGCGUCAAGGUUCCUUACCAGCGACUCAGAGAAGAAAGUGGCCACUACCUUGAUGAUAUUGACGAAUGCCAAUUGAGGGAAUAUUAUGAGAAGACCUUGGCAAGGUCAAGGACUUGGUACAGGUUUAGAAAAGUGCCCAUAAGGAGGAGAUUCAAGCUCAAAAUCCCAAGCAUAACAAGGUUACUAAGGAGGAAAACCAAGUUGGUGUCUUCCAUUAGAGUUUCUUUCGCAAGUGUCGUUAAGAGACUAAAGCAAAGCCAGUCUCAUCUUGGCGAUCUCUUUGCUGGGAACUACUUGUUCUUGCAAGUCAAUCCUACUACCUCCUUCAAGUGCCAUAACAAGGCUUCUCAUGACCUGAAAUAUGGCUUGUCAUCGAGAAGGUAUUAUCUUCCAAAAUUUGCUAAUUGAAUAUGGAUCACAUAUAUAUAUAUAUAUAUGUAUGUAUGUAUCUC